CGGCGUGCUUUAACGGGGGGAAUCCAGCCCGUGUAUUUAUUGUAGCCGGUGGGAGCGGAGAGGAAAAAAAACAAAAAAAAAUCCUCCUCAAUAUACCCCAAGAUGGCCGCCGAUGUGGGAUCGAUGUUUCAAUAUUGGAAGAAAUUUGAUCUACGGCGGCUGCAGAGGGAGCUAAAUUCAGUGGCGGCGCAGCUGGCUGGGCGACAGGAAGAGAGCGAACACUCCCAUAAGCACCUGGUGGAGCUGAGCCGUGAGUUCAAGAAAAAUGUCCCGGAGGAAGUGCGGGAGAUGGUCGCCCCUGUCCUCAAGAGUUUGCAAGCCCAGGUGGUUGCUUUGAGCCAGCGCAGCAAGGAGGCCGAGUCUGCAUUUCUGGGAGUUUACAAACAGCUGAUUGAAGCCCCAGACCCGGCUCCAGUCCUCGAAGCCUCCCACUCUCUAGAAGAACGCCUGACGGAGCUGCAGAGCUCCGCCCCCGACAGCGAGGCCCUGGUCAGGGAAAUUUCAGGCCACUGGAGGAGACACCUGGAGUGCCUUAACAACGCAGAAAGCAUAAACGAAAGCCCAUUAUCCGUAGAGAGAGUAGAGUUACCAGAACGGCCGCCCCAUAUGAUGACCCCAAACAGCACACCGAGCCUCCAAGACGACGGCUCGCCCCCCCACAACCACCAAGGCCUGGACGAAAGGGAAGCAGACGAUGCCGACACCACGCUCUCUGCCAGGCUGGCCCAUGCUGAGAACAGGAUCAAAUCUCUCCAGUCAUCAUUGAAUAAAGCCCAGGUAGAGCUUCGAGAGAUGAGGUGCAAAUACGACAAAGACAUGGCUGCCAAAGCGGAGGAGGUGGGCGCGCUCAGGACGAACCUGGAGAAGGCCAACCAGAGAGUGGCAAAGGCUCAGAGGGAGGUGGAGCGGCUGAGGGAACAGCUCGCCGGUGUUCACAGCAGUUCUAAAGGGAGUGGUCCAGCAGACGAGGGUCCCAGCGAGGGGAAAGGAGAGAGGGAUGAGAAGGACGAGAGCUCGGCGUCGCGGCUGGAGGCGGUGCUGUUCUCUAAGGACAGAGAGAUCCUGCGUCUGCUGGAGAACGUCCAGCGGCUGCAGUUCACUCUGCAGGAAGUGCAGGACUCCUCAGCCAGUCAGGUGGCAGAGCUGGAGCGGCAGCUGGCCUAUAAGAGCGAGGCUAUAGACAGACUAGAAGCUAAGCUGCAGUCUCAGCUGGACUAUGAAGAGGUCAAAACUGAACUCAGCAUUCUGAAAGCAAUGAAACUGGCAUCCGCUAAUGGAAGCUCAUCCCAGGAAUCUGCCAAAGCUGCAGAAGCUCUGUUGCUGGACAAAGAGGCCUUCCUUCCCUCCCACAAAUUUCUGAUGGAUAAAGCCAGAGUCCUGCACAGUAACGACCAAUCAGAUGGCUCCAGUAAGGACCUUGCCCGACCUAUGGGUUCAUACUCCUCCCCUCCACAGGCGUUACCAAUAGACAGUCAGUCCUCCUCCAGUCCAGGGCCACCCAAUCCUGACGGGGCCUCGACAGCCCACGACCUCCCGCGCCCUUUCUCAGUCUCGCCCUUCUCCGGCGAGAAGCUGCCUGCAGAGCAGCUCCUGCAGAAGCAGCUCCUCUCUCCUCACUUUAAGAAGGACGGCUCCUCUCUCCUGGCCUUCCCCACUGCCCUGUUCGCAGCCAAAGCUGCCCUCAUGUCUGCCAAUGCGGGCUCCUCGGGGCCCGUGGCCAUGGAGACCGGCCUGCCCAGCAGUGACCAAUCAGAAAGCGGGAGUUCGGGGGGCGGGGAUGACGAUCAGGUGGACACAGCAGAGAUAGCCUAUCAGGUGAAAGAGCAGCUGCUCAAACACAACAUCGGUCAGCGUGUUUUCGGGCACUACGUGCUGGGCCUCUCGCAGGGCUCGGUCAGCGAGAUCCUGGCCCGACCCAAGCCGUGGAGGAAGCUGACGGUCAAGGGGAAGGAGCCCUUCAUCAAGAUGAAGCAGUUCUUGUCAGACGAGCAGAACAUCCUGGCACUGCGCACCAUCCAGGUUCGACAAAGAGGGAGCAUCACUCCUCGCAUCCGAACUCCAGAAACUGGGUCAGACGAUGCCAUCAAGAACAUUUUGGAGCAGGCUAAGAAAGAGAUCCAGUCCCAACGAGGAAGUGAUGGUAAGUCCUCUCUGGGCGGCUCCUCCGGGCGCAGCAGCAGUGGUGGAGGCAGUAACUCGGAUGAAACCAUUAAGACUAUUUUGGAGCAGGCCCGGCGGGAGAUGCAGGCGCAGCAGCAGGCUCUGCUGGAAAUGGAGGUCUGCGGCCGAACGCCGUCCGGAGACCGCCUGAGCUCACAAGACCAUUCCAAGGGCCUCGCUGGCCCCAUGCCCGCCUACAUCAAGCAGGAAGAAGGAGGCCCCAUUGCCGUGUGCAUGGCCAACCCCAUCAGCAGCCCCCAGACCCCCCUGAGCGUGCUGUCCCCCGCCGCCUUCGUCCAGAACAUCAUCCGCAAGGUCAAGUCUGAGAUUGGAGAGGCCGGCACCUACUUCGACCAGCACUGGUCAGUGGAGCGGGGGUCUGUCAUGUUAGCCGCAGGUACCGCGUCCCACCCUUUCAACUCCGUCUCGCCCUCGCUGUCCUCCUCGUCCUCCACCGGACACUCCUCCGUGCCUCGGGCGUGGCCGCGCACAGAGAACGGAGACUGCACCCCUGGAGCUGAGGAGGUUACGGAGGACGAGCCCCUGCUGGGACGACCCGUGGAGGUGAAAGUGGAGCCCGAAGUGUCGGUGAGCGCGGAGCCCCCCUGCGGAGGAGCACGGAUGGGCUAUUACCCCUCCUAUAUCCCACGUACCCUCAAACCGACCGUACCGCCGCUGACCCCGGAGCAGUACGAGAUGUACAUGUACCGCGAGGUGGACACCAUCGAGCUGACCCGGCAGGUGAAGGAGAAGCUGGCUAAGAACGGCAUUUGCCAGAGGAUCUUUGGAGAGAAGGUGCUGGGACUCUCACAGGGCAGCGUGAGUGACAUGUUGUCCAGACCUAAACCAUGGAGUAAGCUCACUCAGAAAGGCAGAGAGCCCUUUAUCCGUAUGCAGCUGUGGCUUCUGGACCAGCUGGGUCAGGGUCUCAACCAGCAGCCCAUCCACAGCCACAACCAGGAUAAAAGCCCAGUGACAACCCGCUCCUCACCCUCCCCUCCCCCCAGCCCGGAGGAGAGCCACCCCAGCCUGCCCCUAGAGCCGGUCAGUCUCACCCUAGAAAGCAGCAAAGAAAACCAGCACCCGCAGCAUGUGGAGCCACACGGAGGAAAGACCACUCCAGGCAUGCUGACCACACCCCAGCCCCACACCCCACUGGGCAUCCAGGAGCUGGUGGCCAUGUCUCCAGAGCUGGACACAUACGCCAUCACCAAGAGAGUCAAAGAGGUUCUCACAGACAACAACCUGGGUCAGCGGCUGUUCGGUGAGAGUAUUCUAGGACUGACGCAGGGUUCCGUCUCAGACCUGCUUUCCAGGCCCAAACCGUGGCACAAACUGAGUCUGAAAGGCAGAGAGCCUUUUGUCCGUAUGCAGCUGUGGCUCAAUGACCCACACAAUGUGGACAAGCUGAGGGACAUGAAGAAAAUGGAGAAAAAAGCCUACCUGAAACGCCGGUAUGGCCUCUUGAGUCCAGGCUCAGACAGCGACUCCCCAGGCGCUCGAUCCGACUGCAUCAGCCCAGGCCUGGCCCCCAUGGAGCUGUGCCCUUUCAGCCAGGCCAAGAAGCCCAGAGUGGUGCUGGCUGCUGAGGAGAAGGAGGCUUUGAGGAGAGCUUAUCUCCAAGAGCCCUACCCCUCCCAGCACACCAUCGAGAUGCUGGCCACCCAGCUCAACCUCAAAACCAACACCGUCAUCAACUGGUUCCAUAACUACAGCAGGUCACGGAUGCGGCGGGAGGUCCUCAUGGAGGGCCCCCAGGACAACGACCUGGAUGCAGAGCCCCAGAACUACUCUCCUUCGGUGGUCCGCAGUCCUGCUUCCGACAGUGAUGAAAGGAAACUGACCCCGGGGGCUCUUGGCCGCCGUCUCAGCAACGGACCCAGGCCGCUGGCCGUCAAACAAGAAACGAGCGAGCUGGAGGAAGAGGAAGAUCUCCGUGUCAGACAGGCAAACUGCUCCUCCAUGGGCAUCCAGUUCCCCCAGCUAAAGACUGAGAGAGAGGAGCAGGAAUCCAGUUACAGGGACCCAGCUCUGCCCCCACACUGCCCCCAGGGCUUCAGGGAGGACGAAGCAGGCAGCAGCCAGGUCCAGGGCCUUUACCCAGGGUCUCUGUCCACAGAGGGCGUCCAGAGGAGCAGUGAGGACCUUGAAAAAUCGCCAGUGGAUCCGGUCAGCUUCAAGGCCUCGUCGGAGACCUGCCGCGGCAGCCUGGAGGUGUCCCUCAACUCCCCGUCCGCAGCCUCCUCACCCGGCCUCAUGAUGUCCGUCUCUCCCGUCCCUUCCUCCUCUGCCCCCAUCUCUCCGUCUCCACCCAACGCACCCCCCACAAGCACUAACUCCAGCCACGAGGCCCCGUCCGGCCCCAGCUACGGCCUGGACAACCCCCAGUCCCUGCACAACCCCAAACUCAGCAAGAGCACUCAGAGGCGCAACGAGAAGAUGGCCAACCUGAACAACAUCAUCCACCGCCUGGAGCGAGCCGCCAACCGCGAGGAGACCCUCGAGUGGGAGUUCUAAGGCCAAGCUGCUAACUCUCGUCCCAGACACUGAAGUCUCUUCUGAAGUCUCUUUAAGAGAACUUGUUUUCUGUCUGGAGAAAAGGGAAAAAAUAGGUUAUUGAGGAGAGAAUUCCUCUCCCAGCAUUUGGAGCUUGGCUCCGCUCUUUUUGCCUGUCUGGGUGGCCUCACAAGGAACACAGAUAAAAAAAAAAAAAAAACUAAACAGAGUGAAACCCUCAAACUCACAGACAAAAAAAACAGAACUCAGUCAUCUCCCCGUCAAAGACUUUUAAGAAAGAAAAACAAACAUAUUUAUAAACGUGUUUAGGUAUUUUGAUAAAAGGAUCCUACUUUGAAUUCUAUGUUACAGCACUAGCUGUUGUGUUUUAAACAAUGAAGGAGAGAAAAAUCCUCUUUGACAUGAAGACUUUGCAGCUAUGGUGUCAUGAAAUGCACACUGAAGUCCUGUAGAUUGCCACUGGGUGAGAUUAUUUCAUAUGAGACCUCUGUCUUAAGCCAUCAAAAAGCACUACUUAUUUAAAAAAAGAAGAAAAAAAAAGAGACACUGACCAAAUUUGCUACUUUUUGAAUAGCAAUUUUUCAGAUUUUGUCUGUAAGACGGGACAUUUAAAGUCAAGUGACGUGAGAAACUUCAUACUGACUGAGGGAUAGUCCUUAAAGACUCUAAAUAGUGAACAAUGCGUAUGUACUUAGUUUCUUGGUGACAUGUUUUGGAACAUUUGUUACACAAGCGUAUAAUGUGUGGUUGUACGUGCUGUAGAAAUUGUCUGCAAUAGCCUUCUCAGAACAAGAUGUAGCAUGGUACUCAACUUACCCUCUUAUCCUCUAUAGUUAGUAACCUGUGAUAUACUUGAGCGAUAAAAAACGGAAAACGUUGGAAAACUUCAGCAAAAAGUAAGAAAAAAGGAAUUGUAAAAAAAAAAUGUUUUAAAGAUAGAAUCUUUUUUCUUUUCUUUUUUUUUAAUUGUUCUUGUUUAUUUUCUCUCCUUUAAGGAUUCUUUAAGGUUUACAAUAGGGCCUUUGGUGCACCUGGAAGUGAGUGAGCCAUCUGCCACUUGUAGAGCAACGUCCCUGUGUUCAGUCAUUUAUUUUGCGUUUGUUUACCUCACUUUCCCCCAGAUGCACUGAUUUAAUCUUUUUUGAUCUGAUCUGAUCUGAUCUGAUCUCUUCCUGCUGACGUGGGCCAAGGCAAGGCUGGUUACCUCACAGUCACAGUUCUGAACCGGGGAUCUGAUCCCUGAUUCAAUGUUUGAAGUUCUUUGCCCCCAAAUGGUUACAAUAUAUUGCUCUUGAUACAAUAUAUAAAUAUAUAAGCUUGAAACAAGCCUCAAAGAUCAUUUUGAGAGAAUCUGGUGGGCUAGGCUAGUCAGCUGGGGUCUGUUAGCAUGCACAUGUUCAGGUGUAAAAAUCAAGCCCUUUUCAUUAUGAACUCACUCUCUCGCUCUGUCCGUCCAGCCCUUGUUCUUCCUCUCAGGUUCCCUCUGUUUAGUCCUCGUGUCUGUGGGUAUGUUUCUGUAAGUCUGCCAUCAUCCACACGUACGUACCCUCCAACAUAUAUGCCUUCUUCUGUAUCGCUGCUGUUGGGUCAAAACUUCAAUUUUGAUCAAUUCACAAAAAAACUAGCAUUUUAAACUUAACUAAUGGACAUGAACUAAUCUGCAGUAAUAUAGAGAGCAUAUAUUACUUUUUUCAUUUUAAUUCUACAAAAAAAUAAUUCAAAAGAAGUCAUUCAGAGUGGUUUAGUGUAAUUUUUUUCCCUGUACCGAACAGAAUCAUACUACCAACUCAGAUUUCUUUACAGUGGUGGUGAUGGGAACAAGAGGUUGGAGUGAUAUUUUAUAAGGCCAUUUAAUGUACUGUCAAAAAUCACUGAAUCCACAGUCUAAAACUUUUAAUUCUUUUAAUUAAGGCACAAAAACUUUUUAGCCAUUUUCUGUGCCCCCUUUUCCUGUGCAUUGCACAUGGAUGUGAUUUCUGUCUCUGUCUGUUCACACAGACAGUUUUGACCAGAUGUUACCAGUCACAACCAUAAAUCUUAGACUUUCUACACUGUGGAUCAAGAAAUAUAAAAUGCCUGCACAACUACAGAAAUUCCUUCUCACACUUACUAUCAGUCCUCACUCAAACUCUGAUCAUUCAUGUUGUCUUACCAUGAGCACGCUGCAUAGUCUUCAGCCUCACUUACAAGAUAACACCUCACAACUUAUAGAGGUUUGGGCAUUCCCAAGCUGUAACAGUUUUUGAUCUAUUUACACACUGCUGUCCUAUUACUUUUAGUCUGUUGGUGUACAUAAUUAAUCUAAAAUAACUUUUUAAGGGCAUUUUUAUAUUCUUACAUGUAAGACAUCCUCUCUGUCCUAUGUGCACUUUUAUAAACAUCUUUUGAACAAACUGUCUCUGCACUGAGGACAUUUUUUGUAAUAGCUUUUCUGUUAAUACCGCCCCCCCCUUCUGCUGACGUCCAACCAUCUGCAUUUCACCAUCUCAUCUCUCUCCCUCCUGCCCUGCCUCUAAACCCAUACAUCACCCAGUGCCCCUCCCAAACUACCCUUCCUUUUUUAUAGCCUUUUUCAAAUUUGAACUGAGGGUGGAGUCAGCAAACAUCAGAGAUUUUAGUGCCCCUUUAAAUACAACAUUUCAGACCAAACCACUCUGGAUAAUUUUGUUCAUGUUGUAAUGAUUUAAUUAUGUAAACUUAAAAAAGUUUAAGCUAGAAGGUUUUGAUAGGACAGCAGCAAAAUAUUUUGCACUGGGAGUAAGGUCACGACUGUUGAGAUUGCAGCGAGUGAGCACCCAAACCUGAUAAUUUUAUGCGACCAACAUUUUCCAACAUUUAUGAUUUUGUUUUUUUUUUAAUAUAUAAAUGAAACAGAAUCAGUUUACAUAGUCUCCUUUACCAAACUGUUGGUUUGUUGAUUUGUUCAUCUUAGCCAAUUUGUUGUAGCUCAUUUACUGUUUGUUUAUUUCAGCUUCUUUUGCUACGUUCACAUUACAAGCCCCAUAAAUCAAUUCAGAUUUUUUCAUUCACCACUGAUCAGAUCUGAUUAACAGGAAACAGCAGAAACAGAGUCUGGCCUCGUGUGCCGCCCAGUGGCGUUGCAAAGAUGAACACUAAGUGAACUUAUGUUUAUUUAUAUCCACAGAAAAAGCUCUAAAUGAGGUGCAGGUCACUGGUUGGAAUAUGAACUAGUGGAGAUCUGUUUAAAGAUUAACCCUUUAACAAAAUGACCCAAUCAGAUCUAAGAAAGUGCCGUAGCCUGAACAAACAAAGAAAUCAUGUUUUGUGAAACCACUGUCCCUAUUCAUAGAGAUUGGAGUCUGGCUAAAGUAAUGUUGCAAAGAUGUUUCUCCAUCACUCCAGCACUGAGAACAUCUGUAAAGGAAAAACCGACAACCAAAAAUCUGUUCCAAUUAUGUCAAAUAAUCAGAUACGUGUCCAUUCUAAAACCACAUUUAAAAGUGAUUCCACAAUUCACAAUUAAUCAAAAAAAUCGGAUUUGAUUUUCUUCAGCUUGAUAAUGUGAACGUAUCCUGAUAUAGAAGUGGGGCAAGAUGCAAAAAUUAGUUUCACUGUUUUUUUUUUGUUUGUUUGUUUUUUUAACAGAUGAACAAAACCUACUACUAUUGGGGAAACAGGACAUGCAGGACAGGCAUGCUGAAAUGUUGAUAUACAGCAAAAUGGCAUUUAUGAAUUAAAUUUAAGACUGUUGGGUGAAAUGGCUGAUGGGUGGCCUUUGGCUAUAUUCACGGCUGUGGUACACUGUUUGUUUUGCUCUAACAGCUCUAAAAGUCCUGUGUUCACAUUCACGUUCAACAGCUAUAAAAAGCGAAGCACCUAAAUGAAAUUGUUUUUUAUUAUUAUUAUUAUUAUUUUGCAUUUGAUUGAUCUAGAAAUAAGCCUGAUUUUGGGCCCUUCUGCUGCUGGUUACUGAAGUGCUGUUUUUUUAUUUGAUUUUAUUUAUAUUUUAACACAAUUACUACAAUUGUACAAGAGUUUUCCUAAUGGAAUUAUUUUGUCUUUAUAUUCUCUAUCUCUCUCUCUCUCUUUCUCUCUCUCAAUAUGUAUAGGUCUUCAAUACCUCGUACGAGAAAUACUUACAGCACUUACCGUUUUAAAAAUUGUGAAGUUGAGAAAAGUUUGAGUAUGAAAAUUAUUCUAACUUCUAGUGUUCCACAAGUCUUUGCCUUGAUGUAUUGUUGAAGUCGGUAGUUAACACUUGCACAUGUCUAACUAGUUCUGAGGAUUGGAAAUAUAAACACAUGUAUAGAUAUAUAAAUAUUACACAUUUACUGAGAAACAGUAGGGGUUCUCGAACACUAGCGUGCUGAUAUAUUUAAAUAGAGUGUACAGUUAUAUUAACCAAACACACAGAGUCAGACCUUGUCUGGCAAGCUUGCCCAUGUUCUAGAAACUUCUCUCAGGGUAGUCUUGCUUCUUUAAGCUUUACAAGAACCUGUCAGGUCACAUCACUGGUCAGCUUUAACUGUUCAUGACCGCUGUUCCUUUCUUUUUUCUUUUUUUGUUUCGUUUAAUUUUGUUUUGUGUUUUUCUAGAACACGGGGGAAUUCAAUUCCAUUUUCAGCCUAUUUUAAAAUGGAAAGCUCAGAGCGAGCGGAGCAUAGCUGUUAGCUGAAGAUGAGAGGUGCUGAAAGCCCGACUAUUUCAGGAUCAUAAAAAAUUGUGGUGCUUGUCUUUUAAUUUUUCAUUUUUUUUGAGUCAGUUUGCUUAAUUCAGAAAGUAUCUCGACCAUAUCUGAUAGAUACACUGUAAGGAAAAAUCUGUAAAAUGUACAGUAAAAUACUGACAGCUGUGGUUGCCAAAAUUUCACCAUAAAAUGUACAAUUGUAAUGUAACAAAAGCUUUUUUGGAAACCGGUAAUUUUAUAUUCUUUAAUGUGACAAAAAUAGGUAUAAUAUCACAGUGGCUAGAAAAUCUUACAUUUUCCAGCAUAUUUACAAACUUUUAUUGUCUUGUUUGACAGUUUUUCACCGUAGAUUUUACAGACAUUUUUUUUUACAGUGUAUGUUACUUUCUCGAGUCUUAAGGGAUACGGACAUUUUUAAAUGAUUGAUUAUUGUGUCAAAGACAAAAUAGAAAAAAAAAGAACAAAAAAAAACUGAACAAGGCCACCAGGUACCACACGAACCACUGCAACUGCCCACUUUACCACUUACCCCCCCUCCCUCCACAUCAUAGUGUUGUUGGAGACGCAAUAGAGAUGAGAAGAUCAUCACAGCAACAAACAUGCAACAAACAUGCCAUCCCAUGAAUGAGAUUACCUUUUCCUACAACUCUCAAGAUCUAUUUUCAUUUAAAUUUUAUUAUCUACCUUAACAUCUCUACACUGGAUUAUUUAUUUAUUGCAUGCUCUUUUGUUCCCCAUGUUUCCUUUGUAAAAGAAAUUGUACCUUGUCUUUUUGUAAUUAUACCGGGAAAUCAGCACUUGCGCUCCUCAGAGCUGGAGAAGCGCUCCCCUGCAUGCCGGAAUUGGAACCAGAAGACUGACACUCUGUUGAGAGAACAGUGCAAAAAGAGCCUGAGAAGUAUGUUACACAAAGACUGAUGGGUUUUACUUUACCUCAACAUGAUUUCAGCCAUAACAUACUGUUCCUUUGGUGCUUAAGUGUAUUGUGAACCAACGUACCACAGAGUCCUCGCCGCAAUUACUGUCCUAAAGUUGUCCUGAAGUUGUGAAGCUGCUGCAGCUUACAGAGAGAGUAGAUGACCGUAUUAGGAAGACGCUGACAGAAGAGCUGUCAGAAUGUGCGAAUGUGUGCUUUUAAGGCAGGCUAAUGCAGGAGGCUGGUACUCAAGUGUUGUUCCUCUUUUGAGCAAAAAACGAGACAGCAGUGCUCGCUCCCUGCAAGAGAUGUUACCUCUCCCCCUCCCCCCGUGCUCCUUCUCCUCCUCCUCUUCCUCCUUCUCUGUCUUUUCUUGUGACAUUUUACAGAUUUACACAUUUUUGGCACUCAUUUCGCAUCACCUUAAUGGGCAGAGCACUUAAGCUUUGGUUUUAAAGAGAGGGCAAAAAAAUGUCAUGUGUCUUUUAAUCAUAUGUAUCAAGUCAUCAUUGAAUACAGUACAUUAUUGU